GUCGUUUUCAAAAUGAAACCGUUUUCAAAAUUUACAUUUAUUGAUAAAAUUAAAACAGUCGGUGAUAAAAAUGAAGUAGAUAAAACAAUGCAUGUAAUUUUGAUAGUCCAACAAAUUUUCGGUUUACAAAUAUUAGAUCCAAAAUGGACGUGGAAAACAUCCGGCCUAAAACAUUUUAUGACUGCAUGCUUGACCGUUUAUGUAUUAUACGGGACAUAUGAUGCAGUGGAAAAAGUUGCAGACGUGGAAUUGAUUGCUGAAGCUUGUUUUACUUUUAUAUUAAUAAGUGCACGCAUAUUUAAAGCCUGUUUAUUUGCUAACAAGAAAUACACUUUUAGAAAAUUAUAUCUAUUAUCGAAGACAUCUAUUUUGGAUAUAUUAAAAACAGAAUCUGAAAAUACAGAUGGAAGUUUACAAGUACUUAAAAAAGGCCAAAGAGCUGUUUUUAUAUUUUUUCUAGUUAUUGUUAUACCUUUUUCUUCAUAUGUGUUCACAGCUCUGUGGUCUUAUAUUAAAGGGAAUAGAACUCCCGUAUCUAAAACGACUUCGAUUCUUAUGCCAUUAUCAACACCAUAUUUUGAAAUUGGAUGUAUAUUACAUAUGAUUUCUAUGUUUCAAAUAGGUUUUAUAAUACUUGUAGUCGAUUUGUGGUUUGUUUUCCUGAUGUUAUUUUAUUGUAUGGCAUCUGAUAAUAUUAUUAAAAUAUUGAAAGUGGAAAAAAGAGGUUUAGAAGAAGAUAAGAAACAAUACGCUGAUCGAUUGAAUAGAAGCUUGAAAAAUUUUUAUGAAGCCCAUGUAAAAAUAAACGAAUAUUUAAAUACAAUGAGUGAGAUGUUUCGGUGGCUAGCCGCUAUUCCACUUUAUAUGGUUACAAUCUGCACUUGCCUUAUUUUACUACUAAUGAGCAAGAAAAUCAACUGGGCCUUCACUUCCACCACGAUUCCGUUGUUUGCUGAGAUAUUUGUGUUUAAUUGGUUUGGGGAACAAGUCAAAUCUAAGGCCUAUAAGCUUAAAUUGUUACUUUUACACUUUGACUGGUUAAGCCUGCAAUAUAAAGACAGAAAGUCCUACCACAUAAUCGUAUGUUAUAUGAAUAAAAACUUUGGAAUUAAAACAGCGUUCGGGAAUGAACUGUCGUUUAUAACGAUGACUUCUGUUCUUAAGGCGAGCUAUCAAGCUUUUACUGUUUUGCAGACUCUAGAUGAUUAAACGAAAGAAAAACUAAUUAAUAAGGAAAACUUGUAUGGAGGCCAUUUAAAACAAAAUGGAUAAAGGAUCCGAGUACGAUUUAGUUUGUUUUUAAUAUUUGUCAGCAAGUUUUUUUUUAAUGGGUGUAAAUGAUAUGGUAACCCCGCCUGCGCUAACGGGAUAUGCUGGCGGAGCACCAGUGAAGGGUGAUAGAUGAGAAUGAAAACAGGCCAGUUAGCCCAUCAUGAUGAAUUCAUCAGGAUUUAACCAUGAUAGUUUCCAGGGGGAACCGCGAGGAGGUCGACCUGGUUGGGUAUAUUGCUAGCAAUGGGAUUCUUAGUCUCUAUUAAUAACAAUCCCUUUCCCCCUGUCAGCAAGUUUAGGAAUCUACAUUUAUCAUGAAGUGUUAUGGGUACUUUUAUAGGAAUUUUAUUAUAUACAGGGUGUAAUGGACAGGUUUGGUUAAAACUAAAAUAGUGAACUCAGACCAUUAUUCUGUACUGAAAAUCAGUGGAAAUUCUUUUCGAAAAAUUUUAAUUCUUUCUCCCAUUUUUUCAUAUGAAAUCAUGUAAUCUAUAACAUUAUACCAUAUUGUAAAGAAAUAGUAAUAUUUUAUAGUAUAAUAUUAUGAAAUAUAAAAAAAAAUAGCAAUGUAAUACACGUAUUAAAAUCCUAUCGCGACGCACGGAAUCAGGUAUGAAAAGUCAACGGUUUAAGCGUACCAAAACUACCUACGAAGAUGCGCUUUUGAACGCGCCUUGUAGGUAUCACGCGUCGUAUGGAUUAUAAAAUUUCAAAUACAUUGCACGGUGUCAAAAUUAAGAAUCGUUAAUUUAUUGAAUGUGGUGCAUUUCCGAUAGGAAAAUAAUCCGCCAUCUGAUCUAGAUUAUUUGUCUGAACCAGCUGUUUUCAUUUUGGCCAACUUGCCCCUUCCACCCUAUAUAUAUUAAUUCGACCAUGCCUAAUUGUAUGUGGCAAUUUAGCAUAUGCAAGUAAUACUUUGAUUUUUAUACAAAAAAAAAUCAUGUCGGUUUUCCGAUACGAAAUUAAGUUGGAGUGUAAGUAACUUUUAUUUAAAGCAAAAUAUGUGUUUAGGUACAUUAAAAUUAUAUGCAGUUGUAACUUUUAGAUCUGUACUUGUAUCUUAAUGUGUGUAAUUGUAUCUUUUAUACAUAUGUAGAAAGUGUUCUAAAGCAGACUAAACAUUGUUUUUUAGUUUAAUACAACAACUCACGAAUUAAAACAAUAUUACAUUAGUUACACUUUGAACACAAAUCACUAGAAAUCGUAGUAUAGAAAUUUCUGUUCACAUCAGAAACAACUUUUAUAUAGUUUUUAUUUCAAUGAUAAUAGAAUAUGUAUUACCUUGAACUCUUUUAUUUAUUUAUAAUACGUGGGAAUAAAUUAUUUCUAGCUUUGUUGCAUUGGACUUUAUUCGUUCAUGUAUUUCGUCAGAAUGAUUUUUAGAAUGUAACACAAAAUAGUUUUUA